AAAAAUUCGAUAAAAGUGUUUGACCUUGACAUUAACUGUCAGAUUCCACAAUUUUUAAUGUUUGUGUUUCUACUUAAACGGUUUUGUCUAAAGAAUCAAAAAUCAAUAUCACAAUUAGCUUUAACUACUAAAUAUAAUACUGAUAUUUUUUGGCUGCAGACUAAGUCACUCUUCUCAUCGACAAUGUCCAAAACUGCGCUGAUGAUACUCUCUCAAGGUGCUGAAGAAAUGGAGACAGUUAUUACUGUUGAUAUGCUGAGAAGGGGUGGUGUGACAGUCACUUUAGCUGGCUUAGACGGCGACGCCCCAGUGCUCUGUUCGAGACAAGUGACUCUCGUGCCGGACAAAUCAUUGGCUAAUGCGCUGGCUGAAAGUGCUCAAUAUGAUGCUGUUAUACUCCCGGGUGGGCUGGAGGGCUCCGAGCGUCUCUCCAAGUCGGACGUCGUCGGUACACUGUUAAAAGACCACGAGAAAUCCGGCAAGAUAGUAGCUGCCAUAUGUGCAGCUCCCACAGCCUUCGUAGCGCAUGGGGUGGCGAAGGGCAAGCGCAUUACAUCCUACCCGACCACUAAGGACAAGAUCACGUCCGACUACACGUACGUGGAGGGCGAGCGGGUGGUGGUGGACGGCAACAUCGUCACCAGUAGGGGCCCUGGCACAGCUUACUGGUUUGGACUGAAACUGAUUGAAAUGCUGACUGGCAAGGAGAAGGCUGAUCAAGUGGAAAAGGGAAUGAUCAUCUCCGGAUACUAGUCUCUUCAAAAACGAUACGAUAUAAUAUUGGAAGAAAGUGCUUAUUGGCUGUUAUUUGAAUAUGUGAAAUUUGAUUUCAUAAGUAAAUACUAAAUUAAGGAAACUUUAAUAUAUAAAAUAUAAUAUAUAAAUCGUUUUUU